AGCAAAAUCUAAGUUGAAAAUUUUAGAUAUUUAAAGCAAAUAUUGUAUAAAUAAAUUCCGAAAGCGAAAAAAUAAUUAACAGGUUAAUCGAUUAAUCAAUCACCACCGUGUCCGUUGAAUUUGAUCAUUCAGCGCAACUCUGCAAAUCACAUCAUCAUGGUGGCCGUAACCCGCCUCGCGAAGCGCGCGUCAACCUUCUCACCCCAGAUGAGGAGGUGCCUGAGCUCCUCCGAAGUCAAAUCCCACGCGCCGCCGCACGACGCCGCGUCCUUCCGCCCGUUUCCGCGGCGCGAAGAUCUGAGCAAGCGGUGCGUGCAGUGGGCGUUCCUCGGCUGCCCCGGCGUCGGAAAAGGAACGUACGCUAGUCGCCUGUCCAACCUCCUCGGCGUCCCUCACAUCGCCACCGGCGAUCUCGUUCGCGACGAACUCGCCUCCUCUGACCCCCUUUCUUCCCAGCUAUCAGAAAUUGUAAAACAAGGUCAAUUGGUGUCAGAUGAAAUUAUUAUACGUUUAUUGUCAAAGAGACUUGUUGCUGGGGAAGCUAAAGGCGAUCUGGGAUUUAUUCUUGAUGGUUUUCCUCGAACAAUUAAGCAAGCAGAAAUAUUGGAAGGGGUAACUGACAUUGACUUGGUAAUCAAUCUGAAGCUCCGAGAAGAUGUUCUGCUUGAGAAAUGCCUUGGUAGGAGAAUUUGCAAUCAGUGUGGGGGUAAUUUUAAUGUUGCUUCUAUUAACAUCAAGGCCGAGAAUGGGAGCCCUGAAAUUAUUAUGGCUCCACUUCUUCCUCCUGAGAAUUGUAUGUCAAAGCUCAUUACUCGAUCAGAUGAUACUGAAUCAGUGGUCAAAGAAAGGCUUCGAAUAUACAAUGAAAUGACUCAGCCUGUGGAGGAAUUUUACCGUUCGAGAGGAAAAUUAUUGGAGUUUAACCUGCCUGGAGGAAUCCCGGAAUCUUGGCCUAAGUUGCUACAUGCUCUUAAUCUUGAUGAUUACGAGGACAAACGAUCUGCUGCAGCAUAAAGAUAUAAUAAUGUAUCAUAACAGUAAGUAUUUCAUUCUUUGCGUGCUUAUAUUGCAUGCUUGGCAAUUUUGCAGGACAGAGAACCAAAGCAAGGGAACUUCUCUGCUAGUAUUAUUUUGGACCAAUGAUGAUAUUUGUAAGUGUUGUAAUCUGAUAAGACUGGUAGUGUUGCGUUUUGUUUUCGUAUAAUUUGGUUAUAUGGGAAGGGUUUCCUAGCAUAUAAUGUUAUUGUGAAGAGUGAAUAAUAUAUCACAGUAUUGCUAGAAAGAUAGUUGGUCAGGAAUCAACGUCGAUAGGAUUGGUGCAUCAUCACUAUUGUUGUAAAUUAAAUGUGAAUGAACUUAUUCUAUUACAUCAACACAUCAUCACAUGCUCGUGAUUUAGGGAAGGCUUUUUUACUGGAGUAACUUCCAGGAAAAAAAUUAUUUAAUAUGAUGUUUCAUGUUAUUUGAAUAAGUCUUUUGAUUUCACAAUACUAAUGAAUAACUCCUCCUUUUCUUUGAA